AUGUCGGUCUUCACAUUAGUCCAACGUGCCCUUCCUUUCACCCUUUCCUUCAAGCGAAGGAACUCGGCAUCCAGCAAAGGAAAAGAGAAAGAGGAUGAGGCCAAAGAAGUCCCAGAUGAAUCGCGCGACAUAGAAUUGGAACUCAACCUGGGUGGCCGCUCCCCCUGCACAUCCCUGCACCGUGACGUCUCCACAAGCAACGUCCAUGUAGCGGUGAAGCAGCCCCUAGACGCAAAAGCCGACAACUCCACGUUAAGCGAGACCAAGUUGGAUCUAAGGAAUUCGAUGGAUUAUCAAUCCCAGCCAAGUGCAUCCGACGAUGAACCCCUGUGCCCGCAGCUCGCCCGCGUCAUCAGCUGGGCCAAUGUCGUCACUGAGCGGAGUCACUGGACAAAUGAACAGGAGGAGGAGCUAGUCAGUGCUCGAAAGCAACUAGCAAGAUGCCAGAAGGCGUGGAGCUCAGAGCAAGAACUAUGGCUAGAUCAUAUUCAGAUCUUGAAUGCCGAGAAAGAAGCCCGCGAGGGCUUUUUGCUCCUGCGGACGAAGCAGCAGGAUGAAGAACGGAGCCAGUUUCGCAAGGCAUGGAGAAGGCGUCGAUCAGUGGAGAAUGCGAUAAAUCAGAAACUGAUGCAGAAGGAGGAGCAGAAACCUAAACCAACACAGAAGGGGAAGCAGAACGGGCUUGAUAAAUUGGGUCGGCUGCAGCGGUAUGAUCUACUCGUUAUCGACUAUACCUACGGUCGUUGA